CGGGGCUUGCGCGCGCCGCGAGGCGGGUCCGGGGCGUGUCCUCCGGGUAUAUAGGCAGCCGGAGGGGCCGGGGGCUGCACUCUGCUGUCGUCGCCCCUAUCAGGCUCCAUGAAACCUGCUGCCGCCCGUGCUGAGCUCGCGCCAGGCCCCGCGCCUAGUUGUAGAAUGGAAGAGGAAUUGGCUGCUCCCUCCACUUCUGCAGACAAAACUGAUAGUAUGGAUAUGGAUGGAGAAGCCAAGAAACUACUGGGUUUAGGACAGAAACACUUGGUAUUGGGAAAUAUUCCAGCAGCUGUUAAUGCAUUCCAGGAAGCUGCUAGUGUAUUGGGUAAAAAGUAUGGUGAGACAGCAGAUCAAUGUGCAGAAGCCUUUUUUUACUAUGGAAAAUCUCUCCUGGAGUUAGCAAGAAUGGAGAAUGGUGUAUUGGGAAAUGCCUUGGAAGGAGUGCAAGUGGAAGAGGAGGAAGGAGAAAAAGCAGAUGAUGACUCAAUGGUAGAAAAUGCUGAUAACAUAGAUGAAGAAGCAAGGGAGGAGUUGAGAGAGCAGGUAUAUAACGCCAUGGGGGAAAAGGAAGAAUCCAAAAAAUCUGCAGAAGAGUCUCCAGUACUGAGUGAAGCUGGGAAGGAAACAGAAGGAGAGAAUGUGGAGAUGGGAGUUAAAACAAGAGAAGAAGAAGCAAUUGCUGACAUGGAGACAAAGUUUAAAGAGAAGGCAGAAGAGCAGGUAGAGGCAGAUAUGCAGGAGAAGACAGUGGCAGAAGAGCAAGUGGCAGAAGCUAUAGGAGAGCAGGCAGAGGUGGCUGUGGAAAAGGAGGCUCUGGCAGAAGAGCAGGUGACAGAAGCAGCAGAAAAGCAAGCUGAGGCAGCUGUGGAUGAGAAGGCAGUGGCAGAAGCCACGGAAGAGAGGGUAGAGGAGGCAGUAGCAGAAGCAACAGAAAAGCAAGUUGAGGCAGAAGCCAUGGAAGAGCGGUUAGAGGCAGCUGUGGAAGAGAAGGCCGUGGCAGAAGCCACAAUAGAGACAGCUGUGGAAGAGAAGGCAGUGGCAGUAGCCAUAGUAGAGGCGGCAGCUGUGGAAGAGAUGGCCGUGGCAGAAGCCACAGAAGAGCAGGUAGAGGCAGCUGUGGAAGAGAAGGCAGUGGCAGAAGCCGCGGAAGAGCAGGUAGAGGUAACUGAGGAAGAGAAGGCAGUGACAGAAGCCACAGAAGAGAAGCUAAACAAGUCAAAAGAGGCACUGGCCUCAAAAGAAACACUGUUUGCAGCUGGAAAUGCCACUACAUCUGCAGAGGGCAAAGAACUAGCUAAUGAAAUGCAAACUGAAGAAAAAGUUGAAGUAGCUGUUAAGGUAGAAAAAGAGAGAGAUCACCUGAUGGAAGAGGGAGAUGGUGCUAAGGUAGAAAAAGAAGAGGAGAAAGAUGACCUGAUGGAAGAGGGUGAAGAAACAGAAGGAUCAGAUGAGGAAGAUAAAGAAAAUGAUAAAACUGAAGAUGAUAAAGAAAAUGACCUGACCGUUGAAGAUAAGUCUCUUCAGGAAAGUGAAGAGGAUGAAGUUGGAAAUCUGGAGCUGGCCUGGGAUAUGCUGGAGUUGGCAAAAGUAAUCUAUAAAAGACAGGAAACAAAAGAAGCUCAGCUCCACGCUGCUCAGGCUCACUUGAAACUAGGAGAAGUUAGCGUUGAAUCCGAAAACUAUGCACAAGCUAUAGAAGAAUUUCAGGCAUGCCUUGCCUUACAGCAGAAGUACCUCGAGGCCCAUGACCGCCUGCUAGCAGAGUCGCACUACCAGCUGGCACUGGCAUAUCACUACAACAGCCAGUUUGAUGAAGCAAUUCUGCAGUUCAGUAAAUCAGUAGAAGUCAUUGACAAAAGAAUGGUGAUGCUGACUGAACGAAUAAAGAAAGCAGAAGGAGGAUCUACCGAAGAUGAGAAGGAGAUCGAAGAAUUAAAGGGACUACUUCCUGAAAUUAAGGAAAAGAUAGAGGAUUCAAAGGAGUCUCAAAAAAGUGCGAGAGUAGCUGAACUGGCUUUGAAAGCAACUCUGGUUGGAGGAGCUACCUCCAGUUUUACACAGAGUGAAGAAAGCUGUUCUGUUUCCACAAUUCCUGUAAGAAAACCAGCUGAUGGAGCAUCCCAGUGUGUUACAGACAUCUCUCAUCUUGUCAGAAAAAAGAGGAAACCAGAGGAGGAGACUCAACAGGGAGACAAUGAAGCUAAGAAAUCUAAACCAGAACCGGCUGUCAAUGGUGGUGGUGAUGCUGCCCCCAGUGGAAAUGAGGGUGCAGAAAAAAUGGAAGCAGAGACAGAGAAAAGGCCACAAGUGGAAUCAGGGGCUGCAGUUGAAAGUACAGUAUGAUAGGUCUUCAGAGUGGACCACUCCUCUCCUCUCAAGGAGAAUGGUUUUGUAUAUAGUGUAUUUUUUCACUUUGGCAACUUUUGUAUGACUUCAAUAAAG